AUCUAGUGGACAUUUCUAUUAUCCGGGAAUUUACAGACACGCCUGUUGUUCCCGUCUCUCAGACACAGAACCAGGAAGAAUCAGAGAAACCGAAACUUAAGUGCUGUUGUCCUGUUGCAACUUUAUAUCAGCCUCACAUGCAGGAAAAUGGCAGAAGCCCGUAUUUCAGUGGAGCAGUUCUUGUGUCCGGUGUGUCUGGAUCUCCUGAAGGAUCCAGUGACCAUCCAGUGUGGACACAGUUACUGUAAGAGCUGUAUUACAGACUGCUGGGAUCAGGAGGAUGAGAAGAGAGUCUACAGCUGCCCUCAGUGCAGACAGACCUUCAGUCCAAGACCUGCUUUAUUUAAGAACGUGGUGUUUGCUGAAAUGCUGGAGAAACUGAAGAAGACUAAUCUUCAAAGUGUGGUUCCUGCUGGAGCUGGAGAUGUUCAGUGUGACGUCUGUACUGGAAGAAAACACAAAGCUGUCAAGUCCUGUCUGGUGUGUCUGAACUCUUACUGUCAGAAUCACCUCGAACAACAUGAGAGUUUGUUUAAAGGAAAGAGACACAAUCUGACUGAAGCCACUGGACGACUGCAGGAGAUGAUCUGCCAGAAACAUGAGAAGCUCCUCGAGGUUUUCUGUCGCACUGAUCAGAAAUGUAUAUGUGUGCUGUGUAUGGAUGAACAUCAAAACCACGACACUGUAUCAGCUGCAGCACAGAGGACAGAGAAAGAGAAGCAGCUGAAGGAGACGCAGAAGACGUUCCAGCAGAGAAUCCAGCAGAGAGAGAAAGAUCUCCAGCAGCUGAGAGAGGCUGUGGAGUCUCAGAAGCGCUCUGCACAGACAGCAGUGGAGGACAGUGAGAGGAUCUUUACUGAGCUCAUCCGCUCCAUUGAGAGAAGCCGCUCUGAGCUGAUACGGCUGAUCAGAGAUCAGGAAAAGCAAGCAGUGAGUCGAGCUGAAGGACGACUGGAGCGACUGGAGCAGGAGAUCAAUGAUCUGAGGAGGAGAGACGCUGAGCUGGAGCAGCUUUCACACACACAGGAUCACAUCCAGUUCCUGCAGAGUUUCCAGUCUCUCUCAGCUCCUCCUGAAUCUACAGACGUAAAUGAUGAUCUCUUCAGUUCUCUCGUCUCUUCUGAUGAUCUGAGAGAAUCUGUUCAUCAGCUGACAGACAAACUGGAGGAUUUCUGCAAAGAGCAGCUCAAGAAGAUCUCAGACAGAGUCACAUUCACCAACAUUGUUCCCAGGACCAGGAACCACUUCCUACAAUAUUCCCAUCAGCUCACUCUGGAUCUGAACACAGUGAAUAAACUCCUCCGUCUGUCUGAGAGAAACAGAGUGAUUACAUUCACUUUCACAGAUCAGCCGUAUCCUCAUCAUCCAGACAGAUUUGAUGUGUAUCCUCAGGUGUUGUGUAGAGAGAGUGUGUGUGGACGCUGUUACUGGGAGCUGGAGUGGAGAGGAGAUUAUGGUGUGGAGAUAUCAGUGUCAUAUAAGAGCAUCAGCAGGAAGGGAUCAGGUAAAGAGUGUGUGUUUGGAUCUAAUGAUCAGUCCUGGAGUUUGCGCUGCUCUUCCUCCAGAUGCUCAUUCAGUCACAAUAACAUACAGACUGAUCUCUCUGUGAAGUCCAUCAUCAGUAGAAUAGGAGUGUUUGUGGAUCACGGAGCAGGAACUCUGUCCUUCUACAGCGUCUCUGACACAAUGAGCCUCAUCCACACAGUCCAGACCACAUUCACUCAGCCGCUCUAUCCUGGGUUUAGAGUUGGUUCUGGAUCAUCAGUGAAACUGUGUUGAUGAAUCAGAAUAGACUGAUGAGAGAUUCUACCCAUAAUGCUUUGAGCUGCAUGAUAUUUUAAUAUAAAUGUUUUAAUGGUUUAAUGUUUAGGCUAAAUUUAAAUUUUUCUGUGAUCAAAGCUGACUUUACUAAUCCAGUCUUCAGUGUCACAUGAUUUGCUGUUUAAUUAUUUUCAUUAUUAUUUGUGCUCAGUUAUUAAUAAUGGUUCUUAUUAUUAUCAAUACUGAAAACUGUUUUUGUUUCCUAAUAUUUUUGUGUAAACUGUGACACUAACUUUUUUAGGAUUAUUUGUUGAAUACAAAGUUAAAGAACAGCAUUUUAUAUAUAUAUACAUAAUUUGUAAAACGUAUAUAUUUACUGUCACUUAAAUCAAUUGAAUGCAACCUUUUUGAAUAAAAGUAUUGUUUUUAAAAAUAGUUUUUUUUUAAAAACUUACUCCAGACUGAAUGGUUUUAUAUCACAUUUUCCACAAUAAUACGAAGCAGGACAAAUGUUUUCAACACUGAUAAUAAUAAUAAAUGUUUCUUGAGCUGCAAAUCAGCAUAUUAGAAUAAUUUCUGAAGGAUCAUGUGACGCUGAAAACCAGAGUAAUUAUCUCUGUGCCAAAAGUCCAGGGCCACUUUUUAGCCCCAGUCCACCCCUGCUGAGAUGUUAUAGAGUCACGAUUAAUCACAUCCAAAAUGAAAGUUUUUGUUUAUAUAAGAUAUGUAAUAUAUAAUAUAUGUGUGUACUGUGUGUAUUUAUUAUGUACAUAUAAAGACACACAUACAGCAUAUAUUUUGAAAAUAUUUAUAGUAUUUACAUGUAUAUAUUUAUAUUAUAUGUAAAUAUAUUUAAUAUAUAAACAUAACAUAUUUUUCUUAUAUAUAUGCAUGUGUGCACACAAUUAUUUACACAGUAGCACAUUCAGUGAAUCAAGCCAUAGAGCUUUUGCAGGACUCUUUUCAAUCAUUGCAGCUGUCAUUGUCCAACUUAAAAUUGGUUUUAAACUCAAAAAACAAAACAAAAUGUAUGCUCUUAACUCGUUGUCGCAUUGAAACAGAUCAAACUACUUUAACUUUACAAGGGGAAUAUAUUGAAAAAGAGUAAAUUGUUACAAAUAAUUGGGUAUAUGGUUGGAUGAAAAACUGGGAUUUUAUGUACUUGCUUCAGAAGGAAAUGUUUUACACGUGCAAUUAUAGCAUUAUAUCUACUGCUAAACUUCUUUUAAUGUUUCCAAGAGUAUACAAGAGUUUGGCAAAACUGCCUUCUGUUUUGUUCGCUCAUUAUUAUCAUGUUAGAAUAAUUAUAAUAUAGAGUGUUAUAAUGCUGGAAACUCUCCCCUCUUUAAAAACAAAUAAUAAAAAAAAAAAGACUAAUUUAAAGGAAACGUACUUGCUUUAAGUAAUUUUUUGAUUUGUUACUACAUGAGUGCAGGGCAAAAUUGUUGUUUUAUGUGUUUGUAAUUUGCUUUAUUGUGAAACUUUUUGUGCUGCAACUUUGGCCAGGACUUCCUGGAAGAAGAGAUUGUGCAUCCCAGUGGGACUA